AAACCAGUAUCAAUCACAAACACAAACACAUUGGAGCAAACAAAAAUGUCAAGAGAAAUAGAACCACUAAUAGUGGGAAGAGUGAUAGGAGAUGUACUAGAAGUGUUCAAUCCAAGCGUGACAAUGAGAGUCACUUUCAAUUCCAACACAAUCGUCUCUAAUGGUCACGAGCUCGCGCCUUCUCUUCUCCUCUCUAAGCCUCGCGUUGAGAUCGGUGGCCAAGAUCUUCGUUCCUUCUUCACCUUAAUCAUGAUGGACCCCGACGCCCCGAGUCCUAGUAAUCCAUAUAUGCGUGAAUAUCUGCAUUGGAUGGUGACAGAUAUUCCCGGUACAACCGAUGCUUCUUUUGGGAGAGAGAUAGUGAGAUACGAAACGCCUAAACCAGUGGCGGGAAUACACAGAUACGUCUUUGCGCUAUUCAAACAGAGAGGGAGGCAAACCGUGAAGGCAGCGCCGGAAACAAGAGAGUGUUUCAACACAAAAGCGUUCUCUUCUUACUUUGGUCUUUCUCUACCUGUUGCUGCUGUUUACUUCAACGCCCAACGUGAAACUGCUCCUCGACGACGUCCUUCUUAUUAACUCUAUCUAUUAAAACUCUACUCUAUAAACAAUAAAGUUCAAUAGACCUA